GUCGGAUAACCGGAUACUCGGGAGAGUUAUCCGGACAUCCCGCUCAUAAUUCCAGAGGCGUGAAUUUGUUGCCGUGUUGUUUGGUCUGGGUUCAUCUCGGCGGGCGGCAGAGAUAUCACAGCGGAAAGACUUGAAGGUGGUGCUGUGCGCGACUGAUCCUGGAACGUUCAAGCCGCCAUCGUCGUCGGACAACACGCCGUAGAUCGAGCCUCAUCAUUCAUGGAACCGCCAGAAACGCUCCCAUAUCGACCGCCGCCGUCCUCGUCGUCGCCGCGAAGCACCGUCGCUUCCUCAAGCCACAGCUCCCGUCCACUUCAAGGCCCGACGCCCCCGACAACGACUUCCAUGAACACCAGUCGAUCUGCAUAUCCACCGCCUCCCGCUUCGUCGUCCAGUUCACACAGAGGAUCCGGUCGAAAUAGCACGAGUGGUGGCAACUUGACUGCAAACCAGGGUGCACCCGGCAGCAGCACGUCGACCAACAGAGAGAGCGCGGCACCGUCCGGUCGAAACACCAGCCAGGGAGAUGCCGACAACCACCUCAACGCGUCGCGGUCGAUGUCAACGUCUCGCCACGACACAAAUGGCAGCUCCUCGCGGCGGUCCUCCGGCACGUCGUCCGGUCCGUUGUCGUGUACGACCAGCAGGAGUGCCAUCGACUCGUCCCGACCGCCCAUGUUUCUCUCGACGCUCGGGCAUCGGCUGCGCGAGCGCCACACGCUCCUCGAAAUGAACCGCUUUCGAUCGCACGCCGUGUCGGCAGACGAAGCUAUGACAAUGGACCAUGCAACCAACGUCCUGGGCAUGGAUGCACGCUUCAUCAAGGAUUCGUCGACGCCGAUGCUGACGGCCCGCCUCGCGCUCGUUCCGGGUGUAUUUCCCACGCACAACGACAAUGACGAAGAAAAGUAUCACUUUUUUGCGAAGCGGCGGGCGACGUACGUGGCGCCGUUGCCGCGGGGGCUGGGCCCGAUGCCGUCCAGCUGGCAUCGUCAGUACGCGCUUUUCCCCGACACGCCGCCGCUAUUCGACCGCCUCGGGCCGCUGCUGCUCGAAUCGUCGGCGGCGGCGGCGGCGGCGCCGAGGAAGAAGAAAGGGUUGUCGACGGACUCGUUCUUGGACUAUUUGGUGCGCCAGGUCCGCCGAUUCGACCCCGCGACGAGCCAUUUGUGGAUGACGGAACUCGCGAAAGGCCACGUGUCGAUCCCGGCGCUUGUCCAGUCCUUCGGCGGGAUUCCGUUUGAGCAGUGGCGCGCGUCGCCCGAGGCCAAGUGCCCGCUCCUGGACGUCGUCGCCAAGUACAAGAUUGGGAUGCUCGAAGCGUCUUGGUUUAUCCGCAUCAACGUCAUCUACCAAGAGCUGAACGAGAUGCGCCGUGACCGCGACCGCCGCGUCGGCGACUGGUUCUUCCAUCCAAAGCGGUUCCAGCGCCGCGCGUUCGAGUGGACCGAGCAGCUUUUGGGCUGCCUGCACAGGACGGCGCGGCAGUGCUUUGCGCAGCGGAUUCGCGGCACCCGCGUCAAGAAAAAAAUACCUGGCGCCAUCAAGCGCGUGCGAGCGAGCUGGACGGAAUCGACCGCCGCCAUCGCAGACGACGCCAAGCCCCACGCGAUCGCCACCUCUUCCGACGAUACGUUUCGCUACUUCCUGCAGCUCGCAGAGUACCAUUUUGAGCUGGGGCUGCUGGACCGGAGUCGAUUCUUUACCGGGAUUCUGUCGCUGUACCAAAAGAGUUUGCUCCUGUCGGAGAAGAGUCCGAUCCAGGAUGGCAUGUUCUGGUCCGUGCUGCCGAUGCCGGUGAACCAGUUGUUCCUGGUCCUUGGGCUCUUGAUCAAGCUGCUCCCCGACUUGCUCCGAGACAGCAGCGCGACCAAGCUCCUGGUCAAGAUUACGCUCGCGCACUUUCAAGUGGUCGUGCCGCCGCGCGACGACGUCGCCAUGGGCUGCCCGCACCACGAGCGGCUCGUGGUUGCGCUCUGCGACAUCCUCCGCCGUGUGCUGCACCUCGGCGCGGACCACCUCGUUCAGGUCAAAGACGAUGUGCUCAAGCUGUGGCCGCCGUUCGUGCUGACCGAGCAGUUUUACCCUGGACCGGCGGAAGACCAGGCCGUCCGGCAGGCGGAGCUGGUGCAGCUGCAGCGCACGUUUGCGCACGUGUGGGCGAGGAAAGCGCGGCUCGCCGAGUUUCACGCGUCGAUCUCACGUCGACGAAAGAAGGAAGCGGCCAACGACAAAGCGUUUGCGUUCGUGCCAGUGGACAAGCGCCUGCGGAACGAAGUCGACGUGAUUGAAAUCCUAGAUGAAUUCCACGGCGGCAACUCGACCGUGGAAGUGGCCGACAUUUACAAACUGAUCUUUGAAGACAAAGGCGCGGCGGCAGCGGCGACCUCUGUCGACGCCCAUGCGAUCGUCACGAUAUGCGAGUGGGCAGUCACCAUCCACCGCGCCCAGGAAUUCAAGUACAUCACGGCGGCGUAUUUAUUCGAGAUGCGCAACGAUGCGAUCUUGGAGCACAGAUCGACCGACGUCGAAUCGAGCAUGCACGAAGCGGCGCUGCAAGACACGUUGGUGUGGUUUUUAAAGACGUACGAGCCGCAGCACGCGGUCGAAAUGACGGCCGUGAUCGAUUUGUUUUCGCUGUUGAUUCGGCGGCGACUGUUUGUGUUUGAAGCGUUUGUCGAGAGUGUCGCGAUCGUUUGUCGAUCGACGCAGGCCACGUCGCCGACGGGCGAUGCCAAGGCGCUGCGGCCAUCAUCCGUGCUGUGCCAGGCCAAGUUUCAGUUUGAAUUUGGACCGACCAAAGGCGGGUUCCACAUCGACCGGCUGCGAGAUCUGUCCCAAACCGAUCGCCUCCGACUGUACCUGUGGCAGCUCCCGCGCGGCGACCACCCGCUGACGCGCGAAUUGUCGAUGGAGCUCGCUAUCGACAACGACGAGUACGUGCGGUCGACGUGGAUGGAGCUCGUGUACGUCAUACGGAGCGACAUCAAGCGCAGCCGGGCGCUGGAGCGCGUCAUGAUCUUGUCGCAUCAAGUGUUUCAACUGUCCAAUGUCGGCGCGCCGCCCGACGGCGCCGCGUCGGCACACGACGUCGUCGUGGCGGAGCUGGACCAAAUGACCAAGAUCUUUGAGCUGUGCUCGCUCGUGAAAAAGCUGUCGGGGCAUGACAAGGGUCGGUUCGCCGUUUGGCUCGUGCGCCACGUGUACGAGAUCCCGACCGACUUUUUUGUGCUGAACGAGCUCAACACGGUCGAGCACGUCCUGCGCAUGACGUGUGUGCUGCUCGAACUGACGGACGUGCUGAGUUUGCUGCAGCUGCUCAUCCACUUUCUCCGGCACGCGCCCGUGUACGUGGUCAAGUCGGUCGUGCUUCCGAUCGUGGACCGGCACCAUGGGACAUUUUACGCGUGCCACGACAUUUUGUCGUUGAUCCAAGCGUUCGAGUACCGGUGCAGUGCGUUCCGCGCCGCGGGCCUCGACCCGGAUGACGCGUCCCAGACGAUCGCGCUGUUCAUUUGCCGCAUCUACCAGCGCCACUCCAAGGCGCUGGACAAGGCGCUCCAGGCACUCCACUUGCACAGCCCGCCCGAGGUGCUCACGAAAGCGUUUUUCACGCUCUUGAAAGACGACAGCAAAGCGGCCAAAGACGCAAAAGACGUCGUGUGCCUCGAAGGCGUCAAUCAAAAGUUUGCGUUUCCCAAAGACAAGGACGCGAUGCCGGCCGACCUCCACGACGUCAUGACCAACGUGUUUGCGGCGCUCCAGCGGCCGACCAAGACGGCGGCGCCGGCGGCCUUUACCACGAUCAUGGGCACAGUCGACAAGCACGAUAUGACGUGCCGCGACCAAGGCGUCGACGACGCGGUGCAUGCGAUUUUGACGUUCGGCCCACUCACGUCCCAGCAACGCAUCUUUAUCUUUCGCGUCGUGCUGACUGAAGUGAUGGACAAGUGGGUGUCGCUGCUGCACACGGCGACCAGUCGCAUCACGAACGGCGGCGGCGGCGCGGCGGCGCACCAGCAGUCCAUCUACGUCCUCGUGCCGCAGUACAUGCACCGAUGCGUGUACGUGCUGCGCGACGUGAUUGACGGCCAUGACGAGAGCGAGCGCAAGCUCAUGCGCGACACACUUCUCACGUGGCUGCACAAGGAAGUGAUUGUCGCAUUCAACGGCGCCGAGCCAACGCCCAAGGGCCAGGUCGACAAGCCCAAGACGAAGAACGUGUUUGUGAAACACAGUGCGACCGACUCGUCUGGGAAGGAUGCGUUUGCAGCGAAUUUGAAAGGCCACCUCGACAAGGUCCAGUACGGCCUCAAGCUGUUUUUGAUGACCCUCGUCGUCCACGGCAUCGUCGAUCUCACACAGGUGCUGCGAUUCGUUCUCGUGCCAGGAUUUCCAAAGAAAAAUGCCAGCGCCGCCGCCGCCCCGCGCGCCGAGAAUCGCACGCUGUCCAACCAAAUCCUGUCCAUGACGUUGGCAUUCCACCUCUUGGGCGAUGCGCCGCCGCAAUUUGCCAAGCUCGGCCACAACGUGUUUGCCAACUUUGAAGACCCCCUGAUCAAGGACUACUGGCGGUACCUCCGCAGCAUGGUGCCGUGCACCGUCAUGUUUCCGUUUGUGUUUUUGCUGUGCCAGAUGUCGUACUACUGGAGCGCCGAGAGCAAUGCGCUCCAGCCGCGCCAGGAACGCGGUGUCCUCGCCAGCACGCUGCUCUUUGACUGCACGAACGACGUGGUCGUGCGCGAGAUCAUCUUUGCAGACAAAAGCGUCAAGGAUCGCCACGUGUUGAAGGACAACGGCGAUGCGUGGUUCAUGGCGGUCCUGUUGAAGCUACUGUGGCGGCCGCUCAACUCGCCCGCGGAACUCUCUACCAACCGCAUCGACCUCCUCCGGGCGGACGAGAUUUUUGCCGGCAUCACCAAGUGGAGUUUGCAUCGCGGCGGCGCGAUCUACCUCGAAGUCGAAGUCAAGCGCAAGCAUAUCAAGGUGACGAAGCGCGCGAAAGGACCACCCUCGGCCGUCGUGGAAGCUGCACCACCGCCGGCCAAGGUCCCGGUGGUGGUCGCGGGCGACGCCGCCGCCGCGUAUUACCAAGCUCGGCUCGACACGAUGCCGCCACCGUCCGCGGCGCCGCACAAACUCGAUGACAAAGCGAGCGCCAGCGACAAGAUUGGAGCGCUCAUCGUUCACCGCUUGUUUGCGCCGUGCGUGCGCCCGGUCUUUGUCGCCCCGCCGUCGUCCGAUGCGGUGGUCAACAGCGCCAUCGAGUCCCAACUGGCCGCGCGGGAAGCCGCCGACGCCGCCGUCGCCAACCUGUAUGCCAGUACCUUGUGCAGUAUUUAUACUGGCCACGGCACCCCGGCCCAUAGCACGGCGGCAUCGUACGUGAUUGCGACGUCAAUCAUCACGGCCGCCGUCGCUCGUGCGCUGGAAGCCCUCGAAGCUGACGCGCAGACCACAACCGACGACCAGUACCUUCACACGUUCAACGGAUCCAUCGUCGCUGUCUUUUUGCGACGUGUGUUGAGCUCGCACGGGUCGCCCAACAACCUGUUUUUGCGCUACAUGCGGUCGAUGAAGGGCCAGCUCGAGGCGCUCCUGCACUCGAGUCAAAGCGCCGACGCCGCGACGCCGUCGACGGCGUACGUGGCGGCGCUGCGGCGCAAGAUCGCGCUGCGUCUGCAGCUCGUCAGCAUCACGGCGUCCAUGUCGGCAUCCCCGUGCCCCCAUCGCAACGGCAUCGUCAAGCUGCUCUUUUCCAUGCUCGGGACCGCGGUCGUCGCAGACAGCGCGACCUUGUUUGAGUGGAUUCUCGACCUCAUCCCGGUCAUUCCGUCGACCGUGUUUGCCGACCGUCAUUGCGAGGACCUUGUCCGACAGCUGAACCUGCCGCCGCCGCUCGCGCGAAGGGUGUUCGCCGUCUUCCCCAAGUCCAUCUACGGAGCGCAGCCGAUUCCAGCCACAACGACGACGACCGGCUGGAUGAAGGUCGACCCGUGGGCGCUGCUCGACGGCGUCCCGGACCUCCCAAGUCGAGGCGUGGCGAUGGCCGACUUGGUCCCGGUCGCCAAGCGUCCGCGCCACGGCAUAAAGUCGAGUCCCGUCUGAAGCUCACUGGUGAGCUGCCGUGGCGGCGGCAUGCGCGUCCCAAUGUGUGGCGUGUAGCGACGUGUGGCAGCCACCGAUUCGAUCGCCGCCGCCGUCCCUCUAUAUAAUAUAUCGACGGCACGGUCGCGACUGUGCUUGCUUGCCCCGA